AUGGCAACGACUACGGCGCUCGUGCUCAGCGAAAUCAACGCCCCGUUCAGUUUCGAGACGGUGCGGCUGGACGCACUGCGCCCGGACGAGGCACUCGUCGAAAUACACGCCAGCGGCAUCUGUCAUACCGACCUGUCAUGCGCCGACGGGACUCUGCCUGCGUUUGCGCCCGCCGUCCUCGGCCACGAAGUAACAGACCUCGCAGGCGCCGGCAUCGUCAAAGAGAUUGGCUCGCAGGUCCGACACGUCGCCGUGGGUGACAAGGUCCUGCUCUCCUUCUGCCACUGCCAAGAGUGUGCGCAGUGCGAGGACGGCCACCCGGCGCAUUGCUACUCGUUCAAGUCGCUCAACUUUGGCGGCACGCGGCCCGACGGAUCGAGCGCCAUGCGCAGGCAAGACGACAAGGGCGGGCAGGCUCUGUACAGCAGGUUCUUCGGGCAGAGCUCCUUCUCGAGGCACACCGUCGCGUCCGUGUCCAGCCUGGUCAAGGUCCCGGACACAACGGACCUGGCCCUGUUUGCGCCGCUCGGGUGCGGGCUGCAGACGGGCGCCGGCGCCGUCCUGAACACGCUCGACGUCCAGCCCGGCAGCAGCGUGGCUGUCUUUGGCGCCGGGUCCGUGGGCAUGAGCGCCAUCAUGGCCGCCAAGAUGCGCAGGGCCAAGAUUAUCAUCGCCGUUGAUCUCCAGCCGUCGCGGCUCGAGCUGGCGUCUCGACUGGGCGCCACGCACACCCUGCUCGGAAGCGACCCCGACAUCGUCGCCAAGAUUGGGGAACUGGCCCCUCCCAACGGGGUCAACUACGCCGUGGACUGCACGGGGGUGCCGGCCGUCAUCGAGACCAUGAUUCAGGCUCUCGGAAGCCGUGGGCACGCGGCGUCUGUGGGAGCGCCGACGGUGAGUCUUGCCACUGUUGUCGGCUGA